GAUUUUUCUCGGAUGAGUCAUUUAUGGUCUGAAUCCGACCGAACCCGCCAGAUGCCCUACCAUAUAAUAACUUCACUUUACUCGUCAUCCCAGUCACUCGGUCUUCCUGUUCCAAGAAGCUGCUACUGCCAUUUCACAGAUCCAAAUCUCAAUUUUCCCUCACAUUUUCUCGAGAAAAUUUCCCCUUUCACUGAAAAAAUCUCAACCUUCAAUCAUCUCUCCAUCGCCAUUUUUUCCAUGGCAAAUGCCUGGAAAAGAGAUAAACCCUCUCGACUACUCUCACCAAAGUUACUUUUUUUACUCUUCUCUUCCACUCUCCUCUUACUCUUUCUCUACUUCGCAUUCCUCACUCCUCGUCCUUCAAACCCUAACCCUAAUUUCAUCACUCUCAACACCAAUCUCUUCUCAAAUUCAAUCUCCCCUUUCGAUUGCCUCAAAUCUCCACAAGCUCACCCCGUCGUUGCAAGCGUCGUUGAAGGCGUUCGUUACCCGUUUCUCUUCUCGCUUUCCGAUUUCGGAAACUUACCUGAUAAGCCACACAAGAAUAUUGUGAGAUUGCUGAAAGGGAAACCUUUUCGAAAACCGGAUAUUUCUGUGACUAUUCAGGAGGUUCUUGAGAAGGCGAAAAGUGAGGGGAGUAAUGGGUUUGUUGUAGAUGUGGGUGCUAAUGUUGGUAUGGCGAGUUUUGCUGCUGCGGUAAUGGGGUUUCGUGUUUUGGCUUUUGAACCUGUUUUUGAGAAUUUGCAGAAGAUUUGUGAAGGGAUUUACUUUAAUAGAGUUGCGGAUUUGGUUACUUUGUUUGAAGCUGCAGCUUCAGAUCAUCUUGGUAACAUUACCGUUCAUAAGUUGGUUGGUAGGCUGGACAACAGUGCAGUUUCUGCCACAGGAGCAAAGUUGGCAUUUAAGUCCAACGAAGAAGUAGCUUUUCAAGUACGCACUGUUCCACUUGAUGAAGUGAUUCCAACAUCAGAGCGCGUGCUUCUGCUCAAAAUAGACGUUCAGGGCUGGGAAUAUCAUGUUCUCAAAGGAGCUUCAAAGUUACUCUCAAGGAAGGGAAGCCAAGCUCCUUAUCUCAUAUACGAGGAAGAUGAGCGUUUGUUGCAGGCCAGUAAUAGCAGCGCUAAAGAAAUUCGAGACUUCCUUCGUAGUGUGGGUUAUCAUGAUUGCACCCAACAUGGCACAGAUGCACACUGCACCAAGAAGGAUUGAUUGUAAUUUUGGUUUGGUUUUGCAGCACCUUGAUGGAAAAUCAAGUCAUUCCUAGUUCAUGUCUACACUUUCCAGUUGACUAAUUCUGAGUGUCAGCAAAUUGCUGAGCGACGAACGAUUAGACAAAUUGACUACAGGUGAUGAUGGAAACACGUUGAGAUGGGUGGCAACUGCACUGCUAACAGCAAGCUGCUUAACAACAUCAUCAUGCAAAAGUAUCUAAUUGACCUGCAUUACAUUCCAUAUGAUUCUUGUGUAGAUGUCUUUGGAUUUUACUAAGGUUCUGUAUACAAUCUUUUAAUUGUAGGCAUUUAUAUUUAUUAAAUGCACGCGCCCUCAAGUUUCGAGUUCCGUUGAAACUUAUGUAUUAGAAAUCCGGAAUACAAAAGCUUCUCAUGAUUGAUUUGUCCGAAACAUACAUAAAUUAUAUCAUUUAUGGAAGACAACAUGAUCCAAAUAUUUUAUAAAUGGGUAUCGUGAACCUGUAUGUUUCCAGAAUACAGUAAAUAAUUGUCCAGCUCAAAUAAAUAGAAUGUACUAAGCUUAUGUGCUAGCAAGACUAAAUAAUAAAUGAAUUGCUAUUAAGUUUCAACUUGUGGGUGAGUUGAAACAUCGAGCACUAUGUGGAAGAGAAACAGGAAGUCUUUGUCAUCUUCAGAAAUCUCUUUGCAGGACUCCCAGGAUAUCUAUGGUUCAAAACUGUAAAUCUGUAAAAACGAGUGCAUUAAGAAACUUUAGAACCAUUGUUCAGCCUAAAACGUUUGAUGCUCAAACUAUGUUCAAACAGAAGAUAGUUGUGUCUAUUACCAAAACAAUUACUGUCUAGAGACAUUGAUUCCUGAGGCUCAAGCCACACAACUAAGUCUUCAGGAUUCUUUUGGGCCACUAGUUUUUGAAGGGCCAGCUCUCUCCACCAUAACAUCAUAAAGCUGCUUUCCAUU